AUGCGGAAUGUACUAGAAGAUGGUCUAAGUAAAACUAUUUUAUAUUGGUGUGAAAUGGUUCUAAAUAUGGGCGAAAGCGAAGACAUUGUAAAGUCAUGGGUGACCAUUUUUAUAAAAACUUUUGAAGGAACCUGUUGUGUACUUGUUUCUGAUAUGGAGCUACUCCAGAGUAAGGUUCUGUUAAAAAUUAAAGAACUGCAAAAAGAAUUUGAAGAAUUAUGUUAUACACUUCAAAUUAGUAUGCCAGUAUUAGGUGAUACCACCCAAAAACUUAGUUUACAUCAAGAACAUCAAGAGUUAAAGAAACACAUCAAUGAAUAUAAAAAACGAAUUGAAGUAAUAAGACGCUGUGAACAAAAAAAGUUACAUGAGAAGCAAUUAGAAUUGUGCAAUAUGCUCGGAAAAGAACCAAAGAUUUUGAUGGACAAUCCUCUACCUUCUACUGAAAAACUCGAAGAAUUUCAGCAACACGUUGAAAAGUUAGAAGCUGAAAAAUAUAAUAGGCUGGAGAAAUUUUCUACAGUAAAAGAAGAAUUACUUGAAAUUGUUAGUGAACUUAAUGUAGAACCUUCUUCUCAAUUUGAGAAAAAAGUGUUUUCAUCGGAUGAUUCAGUAUUUCUUGUUACCGACGAAAAUAUGAAACAACUCGAUCUUCUUCAUAAAAAUUUGACAAGACAACAAAAAAAUGUCAAAGAAGAAAUUGUCCAUUUGUACAACAAAAUUGAUGAUUAUUGGAAUCUACUUGAUAUCGACUUGAAGGAGAGAGAAGAUUUUCGGCAAAAACAUAUAGGUAAUUCUCUUGACGUUUUACGGGCUUUACAGAAGGAAAUUAAACGUUGCGAGGAACUGAAGAAAGCUAAUAUAAAGGUAUUUAUUGAUAAACGGCGUAAUGAAUUAAAACAGCUUUGGGAGAACUGUCACUGUAGUCAUACUACAAGAAUGCAGUUUGGAUUUUUCAAUUCAGACUGUUAUAAUGAAGAUCUUUUGGAACUACAUGAGAUAGAAAUAUUAAAAUGGAAAAAGUACUUUGAAGAAAAUAAGGAACUGUUGGCACUGCUGGAAAAACAUGCGGGUCUUUGGAAUAAAAUGAUGAGAUUAGAAGAAAAUAACACAGGACCCAAUAGAUAUAAUAAUAGAGGGGGUCAGUUGUUGAAGGAAGAAAAAGAAAGAAACCAAUUGGCCAAACAGAUCCCACAAAUAGAAAAAAUGCUUUACAAUUUAGCGGAUAAAUAUAAACAGCAACAGAACAUUUCUUUUACUACCAAAGGAAUUUCAGUUCUUGAUUAUUUAUCUAACUUACAUAAACAAUGGGAAAAUGCAAAAAAACAAAAACAGAGUGCAAGAAAAAUGCAACGGGAACAAAUUCCAGCAAAAUCCGCUCAGACUCUUUUUCCACCAACAAAUCGUAAGAACUUAAGAUCUGGCCCACCUCAAUCUACGACGAAAAGAAAGCUUGGUACUGAAACAAAAAAACUUGAAGUUUUGACCGAGGGAAAACCACAAAAAGGCAAAAGCCGCGACAGUGACAGGUAA